GGGAGAGAGAGCCAGAAGGGAAGAGGAAGAGCGGCCAGCGCCUCCCCGCCGGGCCGUGGACCGGGGGACCGUUGCGGCGCGCGGGGGAGGUCGCUGAGGGCCCGGCGGAGAUGUUUUCCCUGUCGAGCACGGUGCAGCCCCAGGUUACAGUUCCUCUGAGUCAUCUCAUCAAUGCCUUCCAUUCACCAAAAAGCACAUCUGUCUCUGUCAGUGCAUCGUUUUCCCAAAGCCACCAUCGAGAUGCAGUUCCUGAGCAUGAGGCUCCCAGCAGUGAGCCCGCACUUAACUUAAGGGACCUUGGAUUAUCUGAAUUAAAAAUUGGGCAGAUUGAUCAACUAGUCGGAAAUCUACUUCCUGGAUUUUGCAAAGGCAAAAACAUUUCUUCCCAUUGGCGUACAUCCCAUGUCUCUGCACAGUCCUUCUUUGAAAAUAAAUAUGGUUCCUUAGACAUGUUUAGUGCUUUACGUUCCUCAUGCUUGUAUAGACAUCAUCCAAGAACUUUUCAAAGCCUUUGUUCAGAUCUUCAGUACUGGCCAGUUUUCAUACAGUCUCGGGGUUUUAAAACUUUGAAAUCAAGGACACGACGUCUACAGUCCACCUCUGAAAGAUUAGCAGAAACACAGAAUAUAGCACCUUCAUUUGUAAAGGGGUUUCUUUUGCGGGACAGGGGAUCAGAUGUUGAAAGUUUGGACAAACUCAUGAAAACCAAAAACAUACCUGAAGCUCACCAGGAUGCAUUUAAAACAGGUUUUGCGGAGGGUUUUCUGAAAGCUCAAGCGCUGACUCAGAAAACCAAUGAUUCCCUCAGGCGAACUCGCCUGAUUCUCUUUGUUCUGCUGCUAUUUGGCAUUUAUGGACUGUUAAAGAAUCCAUUUUUAUCUGUCCGCUUCCGGACAACAACUGGGCUUGAUUCUGCAGUAGAUCCCGUUCAGAUGAAAAAUGUCACCUUUGAACAUGUUAAAGGAGUGGAAGAAGCCAAACAAGAAUUACAGGAAGUUGUUGAGUUCUUGAAGAAUCCACAAAAAUUUACUGUGCUUGGGGGUAAACUUCCAAAAGGAAUUCUUUUAGUUGGACCACCGGGGACAGGAAAGACACUUCUUGCCCGAGCUGUGGCAGGAGAAGCUGAUGUUCCUUUUUAUUAUGCUUCUGGAUCAGAAUUUGAUGAAAUGUUUGUGGGUGUUGGAGCUAGCCGUAUCAGAAACCUUUUUAGGGAAGCAAAAGCAAAUGCUCCUUGUGUUAUAUUUAUCGAUGAAUUAGAUUCUGUUGGUGGGAAGAGAAUUGAAUCUCCAAUGCAUCCAUACUCAAGGCAGACUAUAAAUCAGCUUCUUGCUGAAAUGGAUGGUUUUAAACCCAAUGAAGGGGUUAUCAUCAUAGGAGCUACAAACUUCCCAGAGGCAUUAGAUAAUGCCUUAAUACGUCCUGGUCGUUUUGACAUGCAAGUUACAGUUCCAAGGCCAGAUGUGAAAGGUCGAACAGAAAUUUUGAAAUGGUAUCUCAAUAAGAUCAAGUAUGAUCAGUCUGUUGAUCCAGAAAUCAUAGCUCGAGGUACUGUUGGUUUUUCUGGAGCAGAGCUGGAGAAUCUUGUGAACCAAGCUGCUUUAAAGGCAGCUGUUGAUGGAAAAGAAAUGGUUACCAUGAAGGAACUAGAAUUUUCCAAAGAUAAAAUUCUGAUGGGGCCUGAACGAAGAAGUGUGGAAAUUGACAACAAAAACAAAACGAUCACAGCAUAUCACGAAUCAGGUCAUGCUAUCAUUGCAUAUUACACAAAAGACGCGAUGCCUAUCAACAAGGCUACAAUCAUGCCACGAGGGCCAACACUGGGACAUGUGUCACUGUUGCCUGAGAAUGACAGGUGGAAUGAAACAAGAGCCCAGUUGCUUGCACAAAUGGAUGUCAGUAUGGGAGGGAGAGUGGCAGAGGAGCUUAUAUUUGGAACUGACCAUAUAACAACAGGUGCUUCCAGUGAUUUUGAUAAUGCAACUAAGAUAGCUAAACGGAUGGUCACCAAAUUUGGGAUGAGCGAAAAGCUUGGAGUUAUGACUUACAGUGAUACAGGGAAACUGAGUCCUGAAACUCAAUCUGCCAUCGAACAAGAAAUAAGAAUCCUUCUAAGGGAGUCGUAUGAACGAGCAAAGCAUAUCUUGAAAACUCAUGCAAAAGAGCAUAAGAAUCUAGCAGAAGCUUUAUUGACCUAUGAGACUUUGGAUGCCAAAGAGAUUCAAAUUGUUCUGGAGGGGAAGAAGCUGGAAGUGAGAUAAUAACUGCUGCUGGUUUUAUCACAAGAACACAAGUAGCACUGCAGUAGUUUCCUUUUGCAAUGCUUCCUCCCUUUUUUGACUUGGUACAAUUCAAGGGUGUGAAAAACUUUGUCAAUCUUUUGUCUCAUUUAUCUAAUUUUGGUUCUUCUCAUGACACCUAUUGCAAGUUAGGCACCCAUAGCAAAUAUAUUUUAAAAAAUAAAUCAGGAUUGAAACAA